GCCAUGAGGCUAGCCUUCCGCGCACUGGGCGGCGCCGCCGGGGUCGCCUGGCGAGAGAGCUUCCCCCUGGGCGGUCGCGACGUGGCGCGCUGGUUCCCGGGCCACAUGGCCAAGGGUGAGCGGGGCCUGGAGGGGCCGGUGUUUGCGCGGUGAGGCCCGGUGGCCCCGGCGCCCGCUCGCUCGUCAGGCUGUCCGCGCGCGGGGCGGGAGGCGGCGGCGGCCCGGGGGCGGACCUGAGCCCCGAGCCCCAGCAAGUGCCUUGUGCCACUUUGUUCCCCCAAGCCUCCGUUUCCACAUCUGAGUCCACAGAGACGUACUUUCCCGAGUCUUGUUUUGAGCACUCGAUGAAAUGGUGGUAGGAAAGCCCUCGCCGAGCUGCGAAGUAUUCAGCUAUUAUCGUUGCAACACCUUUAAGACACGGCCACUGCUGUCUUCUGCCUGAAGCCCUCGAGGAGUUUCUUGUUGAUUUGUAAAAAUGGGCCCGAGAAGACGCGCGGGGCCGGCGCGGUCCUCCGUGUCAGCGAUCGCCGGGUCCCGCUCCCGCAGCCCUCAGCGCGCUCUGACCUCCGCGGCUGAAGAAGAUGCAGAGCAGCUUAAAGUUGGUGGACUGUAUCAUCGAGGUCCAUGAUGCCCGGAUAUCCUUUAGUGGUUGUAAUACUGUGGUUUAUGAUAAGAAAUCUAUAUAUACACACAUGCCGCAACCCUCUGUUUCAAGAAACCCUUGGGCUUAAGCCUCACGUGCUGGUCCUCAACAAAAUGGACUUGGCGGAUCUGAAAGAGCAGCAGAAAAUUAUACAGCACUUAGAAGGAGAAGGCCUAAAAAAUGUUGUUUUCACCAACUGUUUACAGGAUGAGAAUGUCAAGCAGAUAAUCCCGACGGUCACGGGACUGGUGAGGAGCAGCUGCCGCUAUCAUCGAGGAGAGAGUCUGGAGUGCUGUGCCAUGGUGAUUGGGAUCCCCAACGUGGGCAAAUCCUCGCUCAUCAACGCGCUCAGGAGACAGCACCUCAGGAAAGGGAAAGCUACCAGGGUGGGCGGCGAGCCUGGGAUCACCAGAGCCGUGAUGUCCAGAAUCCAGGUGUGUGAGCGGCCGCUGAUGUUCCUGCUGGACACUCCUGGGGUGCUGGCUCCUCGGAUUGAAAGCGUGGAGAUGGGCCUAAAGCUGGCCCUGUGUGGAACCGUGUUAGACCACCUUGUCGGGGAGGAGACCCUGGCGGACUACCUUCUCUACACCCUCAACAGGCACCAGCUCUUUGGGUACGUGCGGCACUAUGGCCUGGGCGGCGCCUGCGACGACAUCGCCAGCGUGCUGAAGCAGGUGGCUGUGAGACUGGGGAAGACGCAGAAGGUGAAAGUGCUCACGGGCACGGGUGACGUGAACGUCAUCCAGCCCAACUACCCUGCGGCAGCCCGAGACUUCCUCCAGACCUUCCGCAGGGGCCUGCUGGGCCCAGUGAUGCUGGACAGGGAUGUCCUGCAGAGGUCCCCCGUGGCAGAGCCCUGAACUGGUCCAGUUGGCAGGGGCCUCACUCCUGCCUGGCCCUUGGCACCAGAGAUGCGGGGCAUCCCAGACCACAGCCCAGAAUCUGAUGCUGGGCCUCCCUUUUCCAGAAGCUCCAUGCUGGUCACUAUCCACUCAGGUCUCUACGCCAGGAAGGAACCUGUACCUCCUGCCGCCCCACAGCCUGGCCAGCUGUUGUUGGGGACUGUGCCUGGGGUCUGGACGUCAGGGCUGACGAAGUCCCUAAGCUGUCCCUGGGUGUCUCAACUGUGCCGAGUAUCUCUCAGGGGGAAGAUGAUGCUUUCUCAGGAGGACAUGAACGUACAGUCUGCAAUUUAGAAGUCUCACAAGGCCAGUCUCUGCUGGUGGCCCGUUUGCUGUGCACCAGGAGCACCUUGGGCUCACAUGGUAACGUCUCUCCAAAACGACACAAAAAGUGGGAUGUGAACUGCUUAGUGAGUAAGGCCUAUGUAUUGGGGCCUUGGUGGUACCCUGGGUCCUGCAGUAAAGAAGAGUCUGUUUGCCA